AUGGAUGAGUCUUCGCUCCACCCCUCAGGGGCCUCUGAGAAUGUCCAGCACAUGACCGGCGCAGAGGGCGCCAUAGAUGCAGGCAACAGUGCUUCCGAAGCGCAAUCGCGCCAGGAUUCCCCCGAGAAGAAGGUCGAGAACCCCGCCGGAUCGGACAACCCUAUGGAUGCCCCUGCCUCCCCCAAGCCCCAGAACGGCAAUGCCGAGCCUGAGGACGAGGAGAUGGGCGGCACCGAGACUGAUGCCAAGCGUGAUACCGAGGGAUUAGAAGAUGCCGUUGGCGAGUCGCAGCCUCCGGAGCCGGCCACUGAAGGUCUUGAGGACGCCGUGGGAGAAGAACACCCCGCGCCAACCAAGUCCUCUUUGGAGGCCUCCGCGCGCGAGCAACUGGUGACACAAACCCAUGCCAUUAUCCUUCCCAGUUAUGCCUCCUGGUUUGACAUGAACGCCAUCAGUCCCAUUGAGAAGAAGGCUCUCGCAGAGUUCUUCAAUGGCCGCAACCGCAGCAAGACCGCCGCUACUUAUAAGGACUACCGUGAUUUCAUGAUCAAUACCUACCGUCUUAACCCCAUUGAAUACUUGACUGUCACUGCUUGCCGUCGCAACCUUGCAGGUGAUGUGUGCGCUAUAAUGCGUAUCCAUUCAUUCCUUGAGCAGUGGGGCUUGAUCAACUACCAGGUCGACCCUCAAACUCGCCCCUCCAACAUUGGCCCUCCCUUCACUGGCCACUUCCGCGUCAUUGCCGAUACUCCCCGGGGCUUGCAGCCUUUCCAGCCCGGCCCCCAACCCCAGGUCACCUCCGGCAAGCCUCUUGCGGCUACUGAUCGUGCCGCUUCUGCUACCCCUGCCAAGGAGGGUCUCGAACUUCGCCGCAACAUUUACGACGAGAAGGGCAAGGAUGUCACAACGGCCGACGAUAAGGAGAAGCAGAUCAACGGCGACUCGAACGGAAUUGAGGGUAUUCCCCAAGAACCUAAGAAGAAGUCCCACUGCUUCUCGUGCGGUAUCGACUGCACACGACUUCGCUUCCACUACGCUAAAUCGGCCCCGACAUCAGCAAACGCCACCACCGCUGACACAAAAUACGACUUGUGCCCCAACUGCUUCCUCCAGGGUCGCAUGCCUUCCAGCCACAAUGCUUCUGACUUUGUCAAGCUUGAGGACAAAAGCCACUCUCACGUGCCUGAUAAGAAUGCUCCGUGGUCCGAUUCAGAGCUUGUCUUGCUGUUGGAAGGUUUGGAGAACUUUGAUGAGAACUGGGAACAGAUUGCCAACCACGUGGGCACCCGGACUCGUGAGGAGUGUGUUAUGAAGUUCCUGCAGCUGGAUAUCGAGGACAAGUAUCUCGACGACAUUCCCGAGCUGCGUACCGGUUCCGGCCGUGACCCCAUCAGCCAGUCCGAGAACCCCGUUCUGUCCGUUGUUGCAUUCCUGGCACAGAUGGCGGAGCCCGCUGUAGCUGCCGCUGCUGCCGGCCGCUCCGUCGAAGAGAUUCGCAAGGAACUGCGGAGCCAACUGGAGAAGGACGGCAAGGGCAAGGAGUCCGUCAAGGCCGAGGACUCCAUGGACGUGGACGCCGCACGGGAGGCCUCGCAGACCGAUAAGCCCAAGGAGUCACUGUCCACGGUGGCCUUGGCAACUUCCGCCGCACGCGCUGGCGCCCUGGCCUCGCAUGAAGAGCGCGAGAUGACCCGCCUAGUCGGUGCCGCCGUCAACGUAACACUGCAGAAGUUCGAGAUCAAGCUUCAGCAGUUCAACGAGAUGGAAGAGAUUAUCGAAGCCGAGCGCCGCGAACUGGAGCAAGCGCGCCAGCAACUCUUCCUGGACCGCAUGGCCUUCAAGAAGCGCGUCAAGGAAGCCCAGGACGCUCUCCAGGCCGUCAGCCUCCAGGGUUCCAACGAGCACACCAACAGCAUGCUCGCCCACGCCGCCACCGCCGGAAUUGGCAACCACUACAGCUUCCAGCCCGUCGGCGGCGACAUGCGAGCUGGCGCACAGCCUCUGAGCGCUGAGGCAGGCGCCGAUUUCAAGACCCUCGACCUGUAA